AUGGUAGAUUAUAAAUGGGAUGUGGGAACUUAUUUUGCUGACAAGCAAGACUUUGUGGAUGCCAUCAAAACAUAUGCAAUAGAAAAUGGUAGAAAUAUUAAAUAUAUUAAAAAUGAUAAGCAGAGAAUUAGGCUAAAAUGUAUGGGUGCUAAAGGAGAUUGCCCCUGGAUGGCAUAUUGUGCUUAUAUGGAAGCCAUUCAUACGUGGCAAUUAAGGACUAUUGUUGACAACCACAGAUGUAGUAGAGAGCACAAAUUAAGAUUACUUAAUGCAAAAUGGCUCAAUAAGAGGUUGGAAAAAACUGUUAGACAAAAUCCCCAAGUAAAGGGAGUGGAAAUUCGUGAGAAGAUAAAUAGAAAAUGGAAUGUAGGUGUAUCUAGAUGUAUGGCUUAUAGGGCAAAGGCCAUUGCUUCAGACAAUGUUGAUGGGUCUUUCAAAGACCAAUAUAGAAGGAUUUAUGAUUAUGCAAAUGAGGUUUUAGCUCGUAAUCCAGGAUCCACAAUGAAAGUCAAAGUUGAAGAGAAUGUGGAUGGAGCCAUUUUUAGGAGGUUUUAUACAUGUCUAAAGGCCUGCAAGGAUAGUUUUAUGUCCUGCAGGCCAAUUAUUGGGUUGGAUGGUGCUUUUCUGAAAGGAAAAUAUGGUGGUGAAAUGUUAACUAUUGUUGGUAGAGACGCAAAUGAUCAAAUGCUACCUCUUGCGUAUGCCGUGGUGGAAGUAGAGAACAAGGAUACUUGGAGAUGGUUCCUUGAACUUCUGGUUGAAGAUCUCAGUGGGGAGGAAGUAAGUUCAUUAUUUACAUUCAUGUCGGACCAGCAAAAGGCAGCUACAACAACCCAUCCACAAGCAUGGGAAGCAGAAAUGAGAAAUAUUAAACACCUUAAUGAUGAGGCUUUCAAAUACUUGUUAAAAAUCCCUCCCAGGUACUGGUCAAGAUCAAGAUUUAGCAGCAAGCCUCAGUGUGAUACUUUGGUUAACAACAUGUCAGAGGCUUUCAAUAGUGUAAUGGUGCAUACAAGGUCUAAGCCAAUCGUAACCAUGUUGGAGGAAAUCCGCCUUUACUUGAUGAAGAGAUGGGCAACUAACAGGACAAAAAGUCAAUCACUUUCUGGGAACAUUUCCAACAAGAUUUUUGAAGUUCGCCAUGUGUCCCAAGCUGGUGACAAAUUUGUAGUAAAUUUAGAUGAAAAUUUGUGUACAUGCAGGAAGUGGGAAAUCACUGGCAUACCAUGUUGCCACACCUUAGCUUCUAUGAAAUUCCUAAAUCUUGAUGCAGAGGAAUUCAUUCCAUGUUGCUUUAGGAAAUCAACAUAUGAAGAAACAUACUCUUCAAUUGUCUAUCCAAUAAAUGGGAACAAUCUGUGGGAGAUUACCACAUAUGAUGAUGUCCUCCCUCCACCAAAAAGAACAUUGCCUGGGAGACCAAAGAAGAAGCGAAGGUUGGAGCAAUGGGAGUUGGUGAAGGAUCACAAAAGAAUGAGGAAGGGUGGUUUAAAGAAAAGAUGUGACAUUUGUAAGGAACUCGGCCACAACAGGACUUCUUCUACCAAAGCAAAACAAACAAUUGAUGUUAAUUCUCAACAAACACAACAAAGUAACCCAUCAACUCAACCUUACAUGCCAUCAUCAAAUCACGAAGAAGCUGCAGUUGAAGGGGAUAAAUGA